GAUUUUUUUUAUCAUUUUGUAAUCGUGUUGAUGACUGAACAGCAAAAUGUUGACGUUUUCCUUUUACCUCUCAUUCACACUAUAGUAAUUCACACAUUCCCGGUAGUUUUCGUUUAAUAAAAUAUUAAUGUUCUUGUAAAAAUACCCUGAUAGUAUUUACUCUAAUCUCAAUUCAAUGUUUGCACAUAAAAAUUUAAUGCAAAGAUAGUUAAUUUAUAAUAUUAUCACCAUGAAUGAGUUCACGACAUACAGUUUAUGCGGCAUAUUUCUUUUUUUGCACUACGUGUCGUGUAAUAUCGGAGGACCUCCUGGAGUAAAUCCUCAUAUUUAUAAUACAGAUAGUCAAUUUCAGCCACAGCCAGGACCUGGUGUUGGUCAAGCUUAUAAUCAACAACCAGUUCAAAAUGUUCAGUUUGCUGCUCAUCAACAGCAUCAGCAGCCAGUACACGUAAAUCAGGGUCCAGUGCAUGGGCAUGCACACCAAGACAGAAAACCAGUUCUUCAUUCUAGUAAUAUUCAACACGAAAAAGAACAUAUUCAAGAACACAUGGAAGUUCCUUUAGACACAUCGAAAAUGUCUGAACAAGAAUUACAGUUCCAUUACUUCAAAAUGCACGAUGCUGAUAAUAAUAACAAAUUAGAUGGUUGUGAAUUGAUCAAAUCGUUGAUUCAUUGGCACGAAUUACACGAAUCUAUCGAUUUAACGGAUGAGUUUUUCUCUCAAUCGAUAGACGAUAUAUUGAACCGAGUAGAUUUCAAUUGGGACGGAUACAUUGAUUAUACAGAAUAUGCGAGUACAGUUACGUUUGAUCAAGUAAAAGACUUUCAUCAUGAAUAUCAAAAUGUGGUAGCUAAAAAACAAGAAACCAGCGAAAACGAAUCGCCGCCUAAUCCUUGAUGGAAGUCCAUCUUGUUUUUUUGAUUUCAACUCGUGUUUUAUUCUCUAUAGGUACCAGAAAUUACGUAUGUAUGGAUUAAGUAUGGGUUUAAAUGAACUUCCUCGAUAUUUUUGAUAUUUAAUUUUUUCUACAGAAAUUUGUGUAAAAAAAUCAAUCUUUAAUAAUUUUACAAUUUGUUUUGUUGAAUAAUACUUAUUUUUUAAAGUUUAUACUUCCAUUAAAUGCUAUAAAUUGUU